AUGGGCUGCCUUCUAUCUGUAAUCAACAUCUUGUGUCUGCUUAUACUUCCUUUCAGUUUUGUUGCUGCAGAUGGCAGUAGCGCUGUUGGAGUGAACUAUGGAAUGAUCGCCGACGACCUCCCUCCUCCACCUCAAGUCGUAUCGCUUCUAAAAUCAAGAAACAUAAAGCGAGUUCGUCUCUAUGACCCCAAUCAAGACGCUCUUAACGCCCUGCAAAACUCAGGAAUGGAAGUCAUCCUGGGAACCUUGAAUGACGAUAUACCAAGUCUUGGAGGUGAUGAUGUUACCUUCGCCGAUAACUGGGUUCGAAAUAACGUCGUCCCAUAUGCACAAACGAUCAAAUUCCGAUGCAUAGCCGUCGGGAACGAAGUCCUCCCCGGCGACCUGUCAAUUUUCGUGUUUCCGGCGAUCAAGAAUCUUAAUGCAGCUUUGGAAUCCGUCAAUCUAGGUCAGAUUCCGGUGAGUACAGCUGCAAGUAUUUCCGUGCUUGGAAGUUCAUAUCCUCCUUCAGCCGGAGAUUUCAGAGGAGAUAUGAAACCAAUAAUGCAAGAUCUCACCGGUUUCUUGGCCGGAAAAGGUUUCCCUCUUCUGGUGACGGCGUACCCGUACUUCUCUUACGUUUCUGACCCGAAUUCAAUAAGUUUAUCAUAUGUGUUAUUCAACUCUUCUGAUGUUGUAGUCAAGGAUGGAGAUUUAGGGUACACUAACAUGUUUGACGCCAUGGUUGAUGCUGUUUACUCAGCUUUAGAAAAGAUCGGUGCAGGAUCUGUUGAGGUUGUGAUUUGCGAGACUGGGUGGCCAUCAAAUGGAAAUGGCGAUUUCACGACGAUCGAUCUGGCGCAAACGUAUAACCAGAAUCUUGUGAAGCAUGUUUCAAGUUCUGGUACUCCAAAGAAACCCAACAAGAAUGUUGAGACUUAUGUGUUUGCCCUUUUUAAUGAGGAUCUUAAGCCUGCUGGUGUUGAACAAAAUUUUGGUUUGUUCGACCCAAACAUGAAUCAAGUGUAUCAUCUUGAUUUCAGCUAA